CUGAAAAGCAUCAUAAGAGCCUCUGGAUACAGAUACUCAGCUGCAGCAACAAGACCAGAAACAAGAGGAUUACUGCUGAAUGGUGAAAUAUGAAACAAAUGUGAGGAAGCAGCAUGGAGCUAAGGAGAGGAAAGACCUUCAUAAAAUCGAGUUUGCAGCUGACCUCUGAGAAAGCACCAUUGAUAGAUGCGAUUCCUACAGACAAGGAUGGUCUAGGAAAAGACAAAAGGGCAGCAGGUGAGGGGACCAAAAGCGAAGCAGAUGUCCAGCCGGCGUGUUUGUCCACACACAAAAGUGAUAGAUUUUCCAAUAGAACAACAAGGAGCGGGGCUAGUGAAAACUUCCUAGCAGCACCUGGGUCUUCCUACAAACUGGUAAGGAAGAGUAAAACCCAUGACUGUGUGCUAGGGGGAGAGAAAACAGAACGAUGCAGCCACAGUGAUAAAGGUGAGAAGGAGGGCUCUUCAGCUGCAGGAAGAAGUAAAGGGCGUCUCAUCAAUAGCAUCAGCUUUUCUGGGGUGGGGAGCACCCUGAAUUGCAGUGACAAGAAAGAGGCCAUGGUCAGUCCAAGUCAGUCCACUUGCAGCAGUCAGCAGAUGAUAGAUUAUAGAAACUUUGCGCCACAGAUGCCUUUUGUACCAGCGGUAGCAAAAAGCAUCCCCAGGAAGAGGAUUUCCCUUAAGAGAUCUAAGAAAGGGCUCAGAGAUAUAUUUCACAUUAAAAAAAACAAACCUGAGAGCCUAACGCUGCUAGUUGAGAAGGGCAAGAGGCUGCCUUCUCCAGCUUGCAAGAGUGAGCUGCCAGGCAGGCUGGGGAAGUACCUUUUCAAACCCAGAGAAGCCUUUGCAGCUGACUGCUUGGCACAAGACUUCUCCGACAGCGAAAUGCAGUCUGACUCCUCCCACGACUACUGCCACGCUCUGUGUGAAGAUGUUGCUUCUCUGAAGAGCUUCGAUUCUCUCACUGGCUGUGGGGAGAUCUUUGCAGACGAGAGCUCUGCUCACGUGGAGCUGGAGAACAGCAGAGAAGUGCGGAUGAGGCGAUCCAAGGCCAAAGAGAGCCCCGUCCUGGGGUCUUUUCAAGGAGGGGUGGAACAGCUGGCAUCCCCUGCCCAAAACGAAGCAGCUGAUUUUGCAAAAUUUUGGGACAAUAUCAACAAGUCGGUGCGAUUACACCAGAGCACGUUAUUUGAUAGAAGGUUGUUGAAGAUACCCAGCCCUGAUUUGGAAAAGAGUAAACAUGAGGCUCCUGCUUCAGUGACUGACCUGCUGGUAUCACCUGACAAAGAUCUUGACAGUUCCAAAGAAAGCUCUGUAGAUACAGGGACGCCAAAAAGUGAGCACCAAGAAUCCACCUCCACCAGCGAUGAGGGAUACUAUGAUUCAUUCUCUCCUGGGCAGGAUGAGGACACGAAAGAGACCCAGACUCCUGGGGUUCCAGGUAGAUUUCCAAGAGAUAGUUACAGCGGCGACGCCCUUUAUGAACUUUUCUAUGAUCCCAAUGAAGCCAAAAUAAGCCCUGUCCUAGACGAUGAGCUAUGUAUGUCUGAAAGCAUUUCAGAGCAGGCCAUUGAAAUCCCUUUGUCAAUUUACAGCUUUCAUGUGGGAGCAGAGGAAAAUUUGGCUUCACAGCCAGCUGCAGACAUUAUUAGCCAGGGGUUUCUUCACAGCACGUGGAAAGGUAAGGAAUGCUUGUUAAAGCUCUGUGAUACUGAACUUUCACUGACCAUGGGGAUAAUAAACUGGCUGCGAAAAAACCCAGGGUUCAUUUCCCCCACUGACCCGAUCAGGAGUCCUGAAUUGCAGAUGGAAAACAGUGGAGAUCCAUUGGUCUCUUCUAGUCCCAGUCCAUGCUGGAGUGAGGACAGAGCAUCUGAGGAAGAAACACAAGCCAAAGGAGAAACAGAUACUUCUAAUCCAAAGCCUUCUUUGGGUGAUGAGAAUAAUACGGCCCAGAUGUGUGUAGAGGCCAUGGCUGAAAAAGAUGGAAGGGAAGUUUCUUGGCCUCACAUAGCUAAUGGGCAUUCUCAGGAAAGGGAAGGAAACUACUCUGAAGAUUCGUGGACUGUGUCUGGGCUUCAGGAAGCCCACUGCACACCCAGUAAUGUGCCAAGAUCACAAGCUCUUGGAGGCACUUUAGGGACCAGUUUGCCCGAGAAAGAGAAGAUGCCAGUUUCAGGAGAAUGCAAGGGACCUGAAGAUAAAGCCCCAUUAACAGGGGACGCGAACAUGGAGCCUGCUUGCCAGAGCUGUCAAAAUGAUAGCCAGGAAGUGGAAUCCUGUUGUUCCUAUAUGACUGCAGCAACCUCCCCGAUGGAUUCCCUAGAGACAGUAGCUGACAAUAAAACAAUCUAUCAUUCUUUGGCUAUUUCCUGCAACACACCAAUGCAGCCUCUUACUCUGAGACAUUUUCAAAGCUACAUCAGUCCCACACAGAGGGAAAGCGAUACUACUAUAGUGCAUCUUCUGGAACGGUGCGUCACUCAAGUUGCAUCCUUAAAAAUCAGCUACGAAAACAAACAUCUGGAAGACAAAUGCAUCGGGAAUGAAAUGAACAACAUCAUUUGUAAGAUGUCUCAGUACAAAAACAAAAUAUUGUUGCAAAACGAAUGCCACUGUGUUAGCCCGAGUUUAGAGUGCCCUGGUGUCCCUCACACAAACCAAGAUAAUUAUGAGAUGGGGCUCAAAGCUAGCAAUCCAUAUCAGCAGAAACAAAAUAAGGAACUAAUUUGCUUGAAAGAUCAGAAAUGCAAAAUAAAUAUUUUCGAUCACAUGAGUCAGGUCACCGGGAGUAAGAUAAAUUUUGAAUAUGCCCAGCUAAAUAAUCAAGCCCUCUCUUACAUAAAAGACUUUAGGCUUGAGCACAGUCCAAGUGACUCUAACAGCAUGACACCUCUUAAUAGGCCAACAUUUUUACCUCUCUUCAACUCUGUCUGCUCGGCUGUACCCUGUGAUUUUUCACAAGCCUGCACAAACAGUUCCCUGGACAAACCAAUGCAAAGUAAUGAAUCUAAGCAGAGCAGCACAUCCUCAUGCAGCUACACAGAAGGAUUCCACCAAGGACUCUGUCAAGGAGCCACUCUCCCUAAUAACCCAGAGGUGACUACCACAGACAGAGCAGUGACUGGCAAGACCCAGUAAUGACACACCACAGUAACAAGGUACAACACUGAAGAAACCAACUGUAAAAGUGAUAGCUUUCUGCCGGUGUGUUUACAUGAAGCAAGUCACAAUGGAGGUCAAUCCAGUGUCAUAAGCAACAAGAACGUCUCACCAAGGCCAUGCCUACACAGCAACAUUAUUUUGAAAUAACUAGCAUUAUUUCAAAAUAACUUAGUCUGUGUCUACACAGCAGGCAGUUAUUUCAAAAUAAUGUUGAAAUAUUGUCAAGCUAGCGGACGUCUUACUCUGACUCUUGUAACCCUCGUUGUGUGAGGUAUAAGGGAAGUCGGAGGAAGAAUGCUCUAUUUUGAAAUAAGUGCUGUGUAGAUGCUCCUAAUUUCAAUAUAAACUAUUUUGAAUUAAGCUACACAAAUGACAUAGCUCAAUUUGUGUAGCUUAUUUCGAGUUAAGCCCUGCUGUGUAGAUGCAUACCAAGAGACCCAGUGAAGACCUCAUACUGGAAAGUUGUCCUACUCUUCAUUUUAACAACAAAUAUUGUUAGGAGCUUACACACACCUCCUUAAAUUGAGGUUUGCAAAUGGGCAAUAAACAUGCUCCAUUUUUCAAUUGCAAUGAGAUUAUGGUGAAAAUAGUUUCAUGACAUGAAUGUAAAUGAAAAAUAUUGCACCACAUGACAAAGUCUUUCAGGCAACUGAAAACACACAAUAUAGGGUUUUUUUUGAAAAUGCAAGAAUGUGUCUAAUAAGCACUCACUUGGUUUAGAUAAUUUAGAAGAUUUUCAUUCUUUUGGAUAGUGUAAAUAUUGUGAAUUUCUACUGAUCUUCACAGAAAUUCUUAAUAGUUUAAUCAUCUUAAACUUGAUCAUGAAGGUUACAUUUGUAUACUGAGGUUUACCACUUAGUUUAAUUUUUUUUUGUAAACGUGGAGGUAAAAAUACUAAAAAGUAUAAAAUGCUCUGCCCUGGAUUCUCCAAAGAAGUUUGUUUACUAUGUAUCCUAGUUAUAAAGGGUUGUGUUUCAGAAUGACAACUAAAAAGUUGUUACUUGUUCUAAGGCAAGAAAAACACCCUAUUUAACUGUCAAACAAUGAUUUUAUUUCAUUCCAAAAAGUCUUAUUUUUCUAAUUAGAACCCAGUUAGAUAUACCACUAACUUCACUUUCAUUUUCUAUGAAAAAACCUCUUAAGAGGGUUUAACUUAAGAUAACUUAUUUUCAAGAAGUGCUUAACUGCAAGGUGUCACAUACUAUAAGGACGCAGAAUUAGAGUGAUUGAAACUGGAUACAUAAAAAUUCUAUGGGCAGUGGGACUAGUGAUCUAAUGGUCCCUUCUAGCCUUAUAAUCUAUGAAAAGAACAUUAGAUCAUCUACGUCAGUAACCUGCCUCAAAUAUGGUUUGUCAUCUGAUGCUUUGUGGAAGAGAAAAAAAUUAUCCAUAAUGCAAGUAGACAAUUAUAUGUUGUAAUAUGUGGAGAUGAAUGAGGUGAGGAAAGAGGAUUCUUUCCUGGUCCCCCAUUUUAUUCCUUGAAGCAUGAGAUGUGAUUACCCUUUGCUUGAAAAUGUAUGGCUGCUAGUCAGCUUCUGUGGAUGGCUUUUUAAAAGGAUGGAUAAUGUAGUGACUAUUAUCUAAAUUUUGCCAAAUUUGAAUUGGUACAAAAGAACCUAAUGCACUGAAUUUCAUGUCACAGGUCCAGAUAUAGUGCAUAGUUUCCUCUUUCAUGGGUAGUUAUGAAAUAAAUCCCACCCACUAGGGUCUCCGAGGUUUCCAGUAAAGGACAUCUUCAGGAUGGAAACAUUUGCCACAAAGAACAUGUCCUCUACACUACAGAGGAACAGUCAUGACCUUCCUUUGUUGCCAGAUAUAGGCAACUGUGGGCAGCUAAGAAUUUACCAUUUAGAAUGUAAAAAGUCUAAAAUCACAAACCAUUAAUCACAGAGGCACCCCUUCAGAAAUGCUAACAUGACGCUCUAGCUGGGGGCUCAUCAAAUAAUAAUGAAGCUCAACAAAAGGGGUUGUGUAAGAACCAAACUGAAUUCUCUUUUCUUGUAUUGAGUUGGCCUCUUUUAUCUUCAUUAUGUUUACUUCUAAACUGUUCUUGCAAUACUGAAGGCCAAUGAGAGCAUGAGGCCAGAAUUUCUUCACAGAGUAAUACAUGCCAAACCUGCCCUUUUAAACACUGUAGCCUUAAUAAAAUAUCAUCCCAACCCUUCAAAAUGAUCAGGUUUCAUUGCCUUAAAAUCAGUGAUACUACCCGCUUUCCAAUUCUUAAAAGAACAAGGCAUGCAAGAUGCAAAUUCCCAAUGGAAGGCAUGUUGGAAAAAAUACUGUUUUUAAAAGGCCCACACCUUUCAGGGCUCAUUGGUGUAUCAUAAACAAGCCAACCAAGGACACCAAGGCACCAUUUCUUCUUUCCUCUAAAGAUCAUUUUUAAAGCACAAGAGUCUCCAGAUUAAAUUCUCAGUGGAGUUUUGAGACUUGGCAAAACCCUGGAAGUCUGCAAAUUCAAAUCACUUGUAUGAAUGAGCGCAAUCUUAUUGAUUCUGAAGAAGCUGGGACCUCUCAUGCCACUGAUGAAAAUGUCAGGUGUUAAAAUGAGAUUAAAAAUAAAGUUAAUAAGAUGUAGAUUAUGUUUUAAGGGCCUGGUUUUAGAAUUUUAUACAUCAAGUAAAAACAGUUUGGCUACGUAUAGACUGGCAUGAUUUUCCGCAAAUGCUUUUAAUGGAAAAG